AUGUAUUCAAUAUGGGCAAAGUUAGGAUUAUCACUUGGACGUGGCAUUAAGAUGCGAUACAAUUUAUUAUUACAUCGCAACGUUACCAAAGAAGUUGUCAUAGAAUCGAAAUAUGAUUUGUAUCGGCUUGAUAAAGGACCUGAGAAAUCUACAUUAAAUAAAAAAGAUGCUACAUAUGCACUGAAGACAAUGAAUUAUAUACGUCGGAUGGAAAGCAGAGCUGCAGAGCUGUAUAGACAGCGGUUCAUUCAUGGUUUCUUACAUUUAUACAAUGGUCAGGAAGCUGUAGCUGUAGGUCUAAAAAUGGCUCUGGCUGAACAAGAUACUCUUAUUUCGGCAUAUAGAUGCCAUGGUUUCAUUGUUGUGUUCGAUGUCCCAAGUCAUACGGUUUUUGCGGAACUUAUGGGUCGUAAGACAGGUACGUCCAAGGGUAAGGGUGGCUCGAUGCAUAUGUAUGCUCCGCGGUUUUACGGUGGCGAAGGUAUCGUCGGCGGACAGGUACCUAUCGGCACCGGUAUAGCUUUGGCCCACAAAUACAAUGGUACAGGUGGCGUAUCCUAUACAUUGUAUGGUGACGGUGCAGCUUCGCAGGGUCAACUUUUUGAAGCUUGGAACAUGGCGAAGCUCUGGAAUCUACCGAUAGUCUAUAUUUGCGAAAAUAAUAAAUAUAGUAUGGGUACGGCCGUGCAUCGACAUUCCGCCAAUACUCGGCUUUAUACGCGCGGAGACCUCAUACCAGGAAUGAAAGUUGAUGGGAUGAAAGUCAUAGAUGUACGAGAAGCCGCACGCUUUAGCAAAGAUUAUGCACUCAGAAACGGCCCGAUUGUGUUGGAGAUGGUAACUUAUCGUUAUUUUGGACAUAGUAUGAGUGAUCCUGGUUUUUCGUAUCGCACUAGAAAAGAGAUUAAAACUGUGCAAACCGAGCAAGAUCCAAUCAUGUUAUUUACCAAACUCCUCAUAGAGAAAGGCCUUAUGACCGAAAAAGAAAUCGAAGACAUACGAACAUCAGUUUACAAAGAAAUCGAAGAGCACAUAGAACAAGCCAAAACCGAUCAGUGGCCAGAAAUAUCGGAAAUCUCGGCCGACCUUUAUGUCAAACCAUUAGAAAAAAUUCGGGGUAAAGUCCCUUGGGAAUUAUUCUGA